GACGCACACACGGACAAUUUUGGCAGACUGCAAGUAGACAAACAGCAGAACUAUAUCCUUGAAGAUGCCCAACGCAAAAACAGCGGCAGAAAUCACCAGGGCCCUCUUGUUAUUAAGUUCCAUAGAAGCUACGACACGUGCGAUGAUGAAGACGACUACAUCAUUGAUAAAGGAACCACCCACCUUGUAUACUUCAACCACAAAGGGCCCAUAAGUAGCCUAGACCGAAUUAACCUCAUGGAAGAAAAGGUCAUAGUUCAAAGGGUGCAACUCUUGAAAAGUCAAAUUCCUGACGCCCCUAAGCCCACCGAUGUCCGCGAGUUGGUUGUCCACGUUGAUCAAGUUCCAGUCCCACUCGAUGAAACAACGUAUUGGUGUACUGUGAAGAAGUUGCCUAACUUCGUUGACAAGCAUCACAUAAUUAAAUACGAGGGGGCAAUAAGCAAGGAGACCCAAGGCAUUGUGCACCACUUAGAGGUCUUCAACUGCCAGAUACCAGAAGGCCGUGACGUCAUCAGGUACAACGCUCCCUGCAAAUCAAUGGCCGAACGACCAAAGGGGCUCGAAAGCUGUACAAAAGUUUUGGGAGCUUGGGCUAUGGGGGCCGAUUACAUGACCUACCCAUUUGAAGCUGGGGCUCCGAUUGGUGGACCUCACAUGUCUCGUUUCGUUAUGAUCGAAGUUCACUACAACAACCCUUUGCACAUUAGCGGUCUGGUGGAUAGUUCAGGAAUUCGAUUCUACAUAACGAGACAACUAAGACGUUUCGAUGCCGGCAUAAUGGAGAUAGGACUGGAAUACACGGACAAGAUGGCCCUACCGCCUCAUCUACCCAAAUGGGAACUGCAUGGCUACUGCAUUCCGGAAUGCACCGAAAUGGCUCUUCCAUCAAAAGGCAUCUACGUGUUCAGUUCGCAACUGCACACGCACCUGACGGGCAUGAAGAUAUACACGAAACACAUCAGAGGGGGUAUAGAACUGCCCGAGCUGAAUAGGGACGACCAUUAUAGCCCCCACUAUCAAGAAAUCAGACGUCUACACGAGCCAGUCUUAGUUUUGCCGGGUGAUGCUCUGGUCACUACAUGCGUUGACCAGACGAGAAACAAAGACAACGUAACUUUGGGUGGAUUUUCAAUAUCUGAUGAGAUGUGCGUCAACUACAUCCAUUACUAUCCACUUGUAAAUUUGGAAGUCUGUAAAAGUUCAGUAACAACCAAAUCUCUCUACGACUUUUUUGAUUUAAUGAAAAGAAAGUUUGACGAUGAUAUAGACUUAGAGAACGGUAUUUCUUAUAAUUAUCAAACCAUUGACUGGACGAGAGAAAAAGUCGAUAUGCUAAGGAACUUCUACGAUACGGCCCCAAUAUCGAUGCAGUGCAACAAAUCAAAUGGAGUGAAAUUCCCGGUAAAUUAG